AUGACACACAGCCUCCACGAUCUACCUGCGAGUGAACACACAGAUGAGGAGAAGUGUGUCUCUCUCUCCGUCUGUCCGUUAUGUGGUCGUGGUUUUGACGUUGCUCUGAUUCUGCCCUGCUCUCACACUCUAUGUGGCCGUUGUCUGACCGAAGGGGCGGGGCCUGGUCAACAUGGGGGUGGGGUCAGGGGCGUGGCCUUCUCCACCCAUCCAGUCGUUCUCUGUCCGAUCUGUCGUCAUGGUGUUGAACUACCCUGCUUCGACUGGUCAUCUGCUCUCACCUGUCUGCCCUUUGACCCCACAGUGACCUUUGACCCUGAAGAGAGAGGGAAGCAUGAUGAACGGAGAUGGGAGACGGAUGGCAGUGUGGAUCUUUCUGAAGAGGAAAUGGAACAAUCCGUUUCAGGUCUGCUCUUCACCCUCGAUUCGUCCUGCUCUGAUUCGUCGCUUCACCUCUCAAGCUCCGCCCUCACAGUCUCCUUCAAGGGUCACAUGAUCUCAUCACAUGACGGCAGGGAUCAAGACUCCUGUCCUCUUCCUCAGGUGUGUGGCAGUGUGAGUGUCUCCAGAGGACAGUAUUACUGGGAGGUGGACGUCUGCAACAGCGCCAUCUACAGGAUCGGAGUGAUGUCAUCAUGUGAUGGGCGUGGCUGGUGGUUCGAGAGACGUGACUCUGCGUUUCACGCUGUGUUUGACGGACGGCGUGAGCUCCUCCCCUCCGUUCCUCCUCAGCUGAAAACAGUGGGCGUGUUUCUAAAUAUGGGCGGGGCUUCGAUCACCUUCCACAAUCCGGUAACUCAAGAGUUUCUCGCCGCUGUCCCCUCCCACUUCAGUGUCCCCCUCCGUCCUGCUCUUCAACUGGGUCAGGGAAGACUAAAGCUCCGCCCCUGCCUGCCGCCGCCCAAUCACGUCUUUCUCAGCCACAGCUCUGCCUAUCGGGGUCCAGGAGGGGUGGGAAGUGUGCGCUGGAGGCGGGACGUACCAUUCGGAUCGGUGAGGGCCGUGAUUCAGAAGUUUGAAGAGAUGUCGGCCACAUCAGACUCGGAUUCGGGUCUCGUGUCCAGCGACCAAUAACAAUACAGAACGGCUGCGUUCCAAAACCUAGUGUACUUUCUAUAAAGACAACAUCUUAUGGUGUGCUCCCUAGGUAGACAUGAAUACUAUGCUGCCUUUUAAGAUCUUGUCUUUUGGACAAAAUAUAAAGCAGCAUCCCAUUUAUGCUUAUUUAUGCAAACAGCGCC